AGCUGCAUGAAGUACAUGCACAGCAGCCUCCCUGUUUCUGUGGGGGUUGGGAACAGCGUUUUGUGGCAAUGUAUGAUUGCAGAGUGAAUGUGUGACAUACGUUUCUCACCUGGGAGCCAACACUGGCUGUGGCAGUUUGAUGCGCAACAGUUGCUUCCAUUUCCAUUGGUAAUCCUAACACUGCUGCCGGAACUGCACGCUCAGCUUCCCAGAACCGAGUUGGAUUGACACUGGCUCAAGGAGUCCCAAGGCUCAGAGUGCUCCCACAUCCGACGUAACCUUCUCAAGGCACAAAGAAGAUCUGUAUCAAGAAGGAGUCUCGACAUCAAGCUGCGAGGGAUUUCUGUGCAGGUGUGACCUCGAGAGCCAUCCCUGCUCGAGGGCAGAUCCUGUCGUGCAGCGCGCUGCUGUGCAGGAGAGCUCGAGGGGUGCUUGGGCUGCUCCCUGUUUUGGGGUGAGAUGACCGACUCCUUGCCUUGCUUUGUUUUUAGGCACGCAGUCCGUGUGCCCUCAGCUGUUGAAGUGAGUGUCAGCUAUGAGUUCUCUUGGCCCCCUAGUUUGAGACAGCUUUGUGAUGGUUCAUCUCUUUGAGCCAGAGCGUUAGCAGUGCUGUUGCUGGUUGUCUUCCUGUGCCAGGCCUGGUGUGCCAUCCCGGAGGCAGUGCCCUGCAGAUGGGCUGGGGAGGGCUGGGCUGGGACAGGGACUGCUGCGUUGCCUGCCAGCUGCCCUGCCCUUUCUCUUGUCCCUGCAGGCUCCAGUUCAGCUUGUGCCUUCCAGGCGUGAUCGUCCCAGGCUGCAGGAGAGCAGCAAAUGGCCACAGCACAUCCGUGUCAGGAGCCCGUGAGCUUUGCGGAGGUGGCCGUGUAUUUCAGCAGGGAGGAGUGGGCGCUGCUGGACCCUGCGCAGCGAGCGCUCUACCGGGACGUGAUGCUGGAGACGUACCAGUGCGUGGCCUGGCUGGCUCCACUUCCAGCCCCCAAACCCGGGCUGAUCUCCCUGCUUGAAGGAGGGGAAGACCCCUGGAUCCCAGAUGUGCGUAGCCCGGAGGCCGUGCCAGGAGACCUGAGCCCAGCAGGAACUGGGAUUACAGAUAUACUGGAGGAUGUGCAGGAAAGUGGUGUGGCCGAAAGGCGGUGGGGUAGUGCCUGUGUGGGAGAAAUCAGAAGGGAUGUCCCAGGAGGCCUGGAGCAAGGUCAGGGUGAGCACAUCAAGAAGGCACUGGGAGAGCAUCUGGAAGAGAAAGGAAGGAGCCCACUGCACUUCAACAUAGGUGAAAAGCAGGACGUAGAGCCCAGGAGCAAGGAUGUGUGUCAGAUGAAAAAGCAGAAUCCAUGCACUGAGUGUGGGAAAAGCUUGGAAAUAAAUUCCAGUGUCAUUAACCACCAGUGCAUGCAUGCAACGAAGAGCCUGUACAAGUGCUCUGAGUGUGGGAAGAGCUUCAAACGGAGAGCCAAACUGAAACGCCUCCAAUGCAUCCAUACAGGAUGGAGACCCUACAGGUGCUGUGAGUGUGGGAAGAGCUUUAAAAGGAGUUCCCACCUCACCUGCCACCAACGAAUCCACACAGGAGAGAGACCCUUUCAGUGCUCUGAGUGUGGGAAGGGCUUCAACAGCAGUUACAACCUUACCUGCCACCAACGCAUCCACACAGGAGAGAGACCCUUUAAGUGCUCUGAGUGUGGGAAGGGCUUCAAAAGCAGUUAUGAAUUGAAGGUGCACCAGCGCAUCCACACAGGAGAGAGACCCUACAAGUGCUCUGCUUGUGAGAAGAGCUUCAAAAGCAAUUCUGAAUUGAAGCUGCACCAGCACACCCACACAGAGGAGAGACCUUACAAGUGCUCAGAGUGUGGGAAGAGCUUCAGCAGAAGUUCCCACUUCAACUUCCACCGGCACGUCCACACAAGAGAGAGACCCUUUCAGUGUCCUGCGUGUGAGAAGAGCUUCAAACGCAGUUAUGAAUUGAAGAAGCACCAGUGCAUCCACAGAGGAGAGAGACCCUUUCUGUGCUCUCAGUGUGGAAAGGGCUUCAAAAGGAGUUCCCACCUCACCUGCCAUCAGCACAUCCACACAGGAGAGAGACCCUUUCAGUGUCCCGAGUGUGGGAUGACCUUCAGAAUCUGUUCUGAAUUGAAGUUGCACCAGCUUAUCCUCACAGAGGAUAGGCCCUACAAAUGCUCUGAGUGUGGGAAGUGCUUCAAAAGGAGUUCCCACCUCUCCUGCCACCAGCACAUUCACACAGGAGAGAGACCCUUUCAGUGUGCUGAGUGUGGGAAGAGCUUCAAAAGAAGGCCUGAUUUGAAGCAGCACCAGCUCAUCCACACAAGAGAGAGGCCCUUUUAGUGUUCUGCGUGUGGAAAGACCUUUAAAAAGUGUUCUGAACUGAACCUGCACCGGCGCAUCCAUAUGGAGGAGAGACCCUUUCAGUGUCCCGCGUGUGGGAGGAGCUUCAAAAGAAGAUCCGAGUUAAAGCUGCACCAGCGCAUCCACACAGGGGAGAGGCCCUGCAAGUGCUCUGAGUGUGGGAAGAGCUUCAAAAGCAGGUCCCACCUCACCUGCCACCAUCGCAUCCACACAGGAGAGAGACCCUUUCAGUGUCCUGAGUGUGCAAAGAGCUUUAAAUGCAGAUCUCAUC